AUGCUCGAGGGUGAUCAAGGGUUAGGAGCCUUUUUGAAGGAUGGAGCGGGGUACAACAAGUCGGGAUUUCGACAACCGCCAAAGCAAGGAGAUUAUGAAAAGAAGGACCCGUUGCCCUGGUUGCAAUUGCCCAAAUUGGAUUUUGUCGAAGUGGCAGGACAGCAAGAUGAUAGUCUGGCAUUUGCCAAAUUGGAAGAAUUGCGAGUGCAAAUGAAUGAACAGUUGGAUUUGGGGAAUAUGGAACAAGCUUCGAGAUUAAAAGAACAAUUGGAAGAAGUCAUGGAAGCGGCAGGCAUAGAAUAUACAGCGGAAAUGGAAUAG